AUGCCAAUCCCAAGUCCAAGCCCAAUCCAAGCCCAAGCCAAUCCCAUGCCAAGCCCAAGCCAAGCCCAAUGCCAAGCCCAAGCCAAUGCCCAAGUCCAAGCCCAAUCCAAUGCCCAAGUCCAAGCCCAAGCCAAGCCCAAUGCCAAUCCCAAUGCCAAGCCCAAUCCCAAGCCCAAUGCCAAGCCCAAUUCCAAUUCACAAGCCCCAAUGCCCAAGCCCAAGCCAAGCCCAUCCAAGCCCAAGCCAAGCCCCAAUCCCUAUGCGACUCGAGAUCCCAUAGCCAAGCCCCAAGCCAAUGCCCCAAGCCCCAAUCCCAGCCAAUGCCCCAAGCCAAUGCCCAAUGCCUCCCAAGCCAAGCCCAAGUCCAAUCCCAAGCCAAGCCCAAGCCAAGCCCAUAUGCCAAUCCCAAUGUCCAAGUCCCAAAGCCAAAUCCCAAGCCAAUCCCAAGCCAAGUCCCAAGCCAAGCCCCAAGCCAAUCCCAAGCCAAGCCCCAAUCCCCAAGCCCCAAGCCAUCCCCAAGCCAAGUCCCAAGUCCAACCCAAGCCCAAGCCCAAGCCAAUCCCAAGCCCCAAGCCCCAAGCAAGCCCAAUGCCAACCCAAGCCAAUGCCCCAAUCCCAAUCCCCAAGCCCAAGCCCAAGCCCAAGCCAAGCCCAAGCCAAGCCCAAUCCAAGCCCAAGCCAAGCCCAAUCCAAUGCCCAAGCCAAUCCCAAUCCAAUCCCAUGCCCAAUCCCAAGCCAAGCCCAAUCCAAUCCCCAAUCCCCAAGCCCAAGCCUCCAAGUCCCCAGUCCAAUGCCCCAAUGCCAAGCCCCAAGCCAAGCCCCAAGUCCCAAGCCCCAAGCCCAAUGCCCAAUGCCAAUCCCAAGCCAAGCCCAAUCCAAUGCCCCAAGCCAAGCCCAAGCCCAAUCCCAAGUCCCAAUCCCAAUCCAAGCCCAAGCCAAUGCCCAAUGCCAAGCCCAAGCCUGCCCCAAGCCAAUGCCCCAAGCCCAAGCCCAAGUCCCAAUCCCAAGCCAAGCCCAAGCCCCAGCCCAAUCCAAGCCCAAUGCCCAAUCCCAAGCCCAUGCCCAAUGCCCAAGCCCAACCAUCCAAUGCCCAAGCCCCAAGCCAAGCCCAAGCCAGUCCCAAGCCCCAAGCCCCAAGUCCAAGCCCAUCCAAGCCCAAGCCAAUGCCCAAGCCAAUCCCAAGCCAAGUCCCAAGCCAAGCCCAAUCCCAAGCCCAAGCCAAGCCCAAGCCAAGCCCCAAUCCAAGCCCAAUGCCAAUCCCAAGUCCAAGCCCAAUGCCCAAGCCCAAGCCCCAAUGCCCAAGCCAAGCCCAAGCCCAAGCCCCAAGCCAAGCCCAAUCCCAAUGCCCAAUGCCAAGCCCAAGCCAAGCCCAAGCCAAUCCCAAGCCAAUCCCAAGCCCAAUGCCCCAAGCCAAGCCCUAGCCAAUGCCCCAAGCCAUCCCAAGCCAAGCCCAAGUCCCCAAGCCCCAAUGCCCCAAUGCCCAAGCCAAGCCCAAGCCAAGCCCAAGCCAAUCCCCAAGCAAGCCCAUCCAAUCCCAAGCCAAUCCCAAGCCAAGCCCCAAGCCAAGCCCCAAGCCAAGCCCAUGCCAAUGCCCAAGCCAAGCCCAGCCAAUCCCAAGUCCAAUCCCAAGCCAAUCCCCAAUGCCAAUCCCAAGCCAAUGCCCAAGCCAAUGCCCAAGCCAAGCCCAAGCCAAGCCCAAGCCAAUCCCAAUCCAACCAAUCCCCAAUCCAAUCCCAAUCCAAUCCCAAUGCCAAUGCCCAAGUCCAAGUCCCAAGCCAAGCCCAAUCCAAGCCCAAUGCCAAUCCCAAUCCAAGCCCAAGCCAAGCCCAAUCCAAUCCCAAUCCAAUCCCCAAUCCAAUCCCAAGCCAAUGCCCAAGCCAAGCCCAAUCCAAUGCCCAAUCCAAGCCCAAGCCAAUCCCAAGCCAAGCCCAACAAUCCCAAUCCCAAUCCCAAUCCCAAUCCCAAUCCCAAUCCCAAUCCCAAUAAUCCCAAUCCCAAUCCCAAUCCCAAUCCCUCCAAUCCCAAUCCCAAUCCCAAUCCCAAUCCCAAUCCCAAUCCCAAUCCCAAUCCCAAUCCCAAUCCCAAUCCCAAUCCCAAUCCCAAUCCGAACUUCUACCCGUCCGCACUGCGCCCCCAGAGCGUGCCGCAUCACAACCACCCCGCAGUCGAACGCCCCCACAAGAACCACACCACGAUAGUACUCCCAGCACCCGGACCCGAUACCAGGCCCAGC